GGGAGGGGACGAUGCUCCGCGUCUUCGUCCUGCGGGCCGAAAAUGUCCUCACAGGCGACAGCGACAUCAGCGACACCUACUGCUCCUCCACGUUCCAAGGUGUCAAGAAGAGGACAAAGGUCAUCAAGAACAACGUGAAUCCUGUCUGGAAUGAGGGAUUCGAGUGGGAUCUGAAGGGAAUCCCUCUGGAUCCUGAUGCCGAGCUCACCGUGGUGGUCAAGGACCAUGAAACCGUGGGGAGAAACAGGUUUUUGGGAGAAUCCCGGGUGCCGCUCCGGGAUGUUCUGGGCACUCCCAGCCUGGCAGCCUCGUUCAACCUCCCCCUGCUGGACUCGCGCAAGGAGAGCACCGGGGCCUCCCUGUUCCUGCAGGUGUCCUACAUCCCCCCUCCGGGCGCUAUCCCGCUUUUCCCUCCUCCGGCCCCUCCGGAGCCGGCCCCGGCUGCAGCCGAGCUGGACACGGUCACCGAGACGGGCGGAGAGGAGGACACGGAAGAUCCGGAGGCCACGGGGGACACGGAGCCCUCGGCGUCCUCGGGAGCACCGGGCUCGGAGCCGCCCUCGCUCCCAAGGAAACCGUCCGGGAAUCACAUCCAGGGAGUGAAGAGGAGGAGGAGGAGCUCUCCCAAAAAGCCUUUAUCCAACAAACCACAGGAUUUCCAGAUCCGGGUGAGGGUCAUCGAGGCCCGGCAGCUUCCCGGGAUCCAGAUCCGGCCGGUGGUGAAGGUGACGGUGGCCGGACAAACCCGGAGAACGCGGAUCCGGAAAGGGAACAGCCCCUUCUUCGAUGAGACUUUUUUCUUCAACGUCUUUGAGUCCCCAUCGGAGCUGUUUGAUGCUCCCAUUUUCCUCACGGUCGUGGAUUCUCGGUCGUUCCGCACGGAUUCGGUGAUCGGGGAAUUCCGGAUGGAUGUGGAGACCGUUUACUCCGAGCCAAAACACGCUUUCCGCAGGAAGUGGCUGCUCCUCUCGGAUCCGGAGGAUUUUUCCGCGGGAGCCAAGGGCUACUUGAAGGUCAGCGCCUGCGUGCUGGGGCCUGGAGACGAAGCUCCCCUGGAGAAGAAGGAGGUGUCCGAGGACAAGGAGGACAUCGAGGCCAACCUGCUGCGCCCCACCGGGGUCACCCUCCGGGGCGCCCAGUUCUGCCUCAAGAUCUACAAAGCCGAGGAUUUGCCCCAGAUGGAUGACGCCGUCAUGGACAACGUCCGGCAGAUCUUCGGCUUUGAGAGCAACAAGAAAAACCUGGUGGAUCCCUUUGUGGAAGUCAGCUUUGCCGGGAAAACGCUCUGCUCCCGCAUCCUGGAGAAAAACGCCAACCCCCAGUGGAACCAGUGCCUGACGCUGCCGGCCAUGUUCCCUUCCAUGUGCGAGCGGAUGAGGAUCCGUGUGACCGACUGGGACCGCCUGACACACAACGAUGUCGUCGGCACCGCUUUCCUCGGAAUGUCCAAGAUUUCGGCCCCCGGCGGGGAGCUGGAGGAUGAGUUUCCUGCUCCUGUGAAGCCUCUGAAACCCUCGGACCUGGAUGACGGGCUGGGAUUCCUGCCGACCUUCGGGCCCUGCUACAUCAACUUGUACGGCAGCCCCCGGGAAUUCACCGGAUUUCCCGAUCCCUACGAGACGCUCAAUUUGGGAAAGGGCGAGGGGGUCGCGUAUCGGGGCCGGAUCCUGGUGGAGCUGGAGACCAAACUGGUGGAGCACAUGGAGCAGAAGGUGGAAGAGAUUCCUGCUGAUGACAUCCUGAGGGUGGAGAAAUACCUGCGCCGACGGAAAUAUUCCCUCUUCGCUGCCUUCUACUCGGCCACGAUGCUCCAGGGCGUGGACGGCGCUGUCCAGUUUGAGGUCAGCAUCGGGAAUUACGGCAACAAGUUCGACACCACCUGCCUGCCCCUGGCCUCCACCACCCAGUACAGCGGGGCUGUCUUCGAUGGCUGUCACUACUAUUACCUGCCCUGGGGGAACGUGAAGCCCGUGGUGGUGCUCUCCUCCUACUGGGAGGACAUCGGCCACCGCAUGGACGCCCAGAACCUGCUGCUCCACGCGGCCGAGCGGCUGGAAGCCAACCUGGAGAAGAUCCAUGUGGCCCUGAAAUCCAACUGCUCUCCGGUCGAGCUGGAGGCCCUGGGGUCCCAACUGCUCGAUGACGUCAUUGCCGACUGCAGCCUGAAGCUUCCCGAUGUCCUGGGGAGAGCGUCCAGCACCCACCUGGAUCAGAACCUGUUCCGCUUCCGGAGCACCCACCUGGAGCAGAUCCUCAAGGUGGCCCUGAGGCUCAAGCAUGAGAAUUCCGGCCUUUCCCAAAUCCUGGAUCAGGCGGAGGAUUGGCUCUGCCGGCUCCGGGCCAUGGCGGAGGAGCCCCAGAACAGCCUCCCGGACAUUGUCAUCUGGAUGCUCCAGGGGUACAAACGUGUGGCCUUUGCCCGCAUCCCGGCCCACCAGGUCCUGUAUUCCCGGAACAUCCCCAACUGCUGCGGCCGGAACUGCGGGAAGCUCCAGACCAUCUUCCUCAAGUACCCACAGGAGGAGACAAUGGGGCCACGGAUCCCGGCGCAGAUCCGGGUGCGGCUCUGGUUCGGAUUGGCCGUGGAUGAGAAGGAAUUCAACCAAUUUGCCGAGGGAAAACUCUCCGUCUUUGCCGAAACUUAUGAGAACCAGACCAAGCUGGCGCUGGUGGGGAACUGGGGCACCACCGGCCUCACUUAUCCCAAAUAUUCCGAUGUCACCGGCCGGAUCAAGCUUCCCAAGGACAGCUUCCGGCCUUCCGCAGGAUGGACCUGGGCUGGGGAUUGGUUCAUCUGUCCAGAAAAGACGCUGUUGCACGAUGUGGAUGCUGGGCACCUGAGCUUCGUGGAGGAGGUGUUUGAGAACCAGGUCCGGCUCCCCGGAGGGCAGUGGAUCCACAUGACUGAUUCCUACACGGAUGUGAACGGGGAGAAGGUCCUGCCCAAGGAUGAGAUCGAGUGUCCUCCAGGCUGGAAGUGGGAAGAUGUGGAAUGGGACACGGAUCUCAACAGGGCUGUGGAUGAGAAAGGCUGGGAAUACGGGAUCACGAUCCCGCCGGAGCGCAAGCCCAAGGCCUGGGUGCCGGCGGAGAAGAUGUUCCACACCAACCGGCGCCGGCGCUGGGUGCGGCUCCGCCGGCGCGACCUGGAGCACAUGGGAGCCGGGAUAAAGCACAAGCAGGAGGAGCUGGACGGGGAUGGUUGGGAAUACGCUUCCCUCUUUGGCUGGCGCUUCCACCUCCAGCAGCGCCGCUCCGACGCCUUCCGCCGGCGCCGCUGGAGACGCCGGAUGGAGCCUCUGGAACGCACCGGCCCCGCCGCUGUCUUUGCCUUGGAAGGGGCUCUGGGAGGAGUGACCGAUGACAAGAGCGACGACGGAAAAUCCGAUGGAAAAUCCGCAUCCACCCUGAGUUUCGGAGUCAACAGACCCACGAUCUCCUGCAUUUUUGACUCCGGGAACAGAUUCCACCUGCGCUGUUACCUGUACCAGGCACGGGAUCUCAUUGCCAUGGACAAGGACAGCUUCUCCGAUCCCUACGCCAUCGUGUCCUUCCUGCACCAGAGCCAGAAGACGGUGGUGGAGAAGAACACCCUGAAUCCCACCUGGGAUCAGACCCUGAUCUUCUACGAGAUCGAGAUUUUCGGGAAUUCUCAGGAUGUGGCUGAGUCCCCUCCUAACAUCCUGGUGGAAAUCUAUGACCACGACACCUAUGGCGCGGAUGAGUUCAUGGGACGCUGCAUCUGCCGGCCCAGCCUGGAGCGCUCGCCCCGGCUCUCCUGGUAUCCCGUCCUCAAAUCCGGCCGGAAUGUCGGGGAGCUCCUGGCCGCCUUCGAGCUGAUCCAGAGGGAAAAGCCGGCUGUUCAUCACAUCCCUGGAUUCGAGAGCGAGCUCUCCUCCAGUCUGGAUGAGCUCUGCAUCCCUGCCUUGUUCUCGGAGGGGCUCCUCCAAUGGUCCGCGGAUUCCGACCUUCCCUACCCGCCGCCGCAGCGGGAGCCCAACGUUUACAUGGUCCCGCAGGGAAUCAAACCCGUCCUGCAGCGCACGGCCAUCGAGAUCCUGGCCUGGGGGCUGAGGAACCUCAAGAGCUUCCAGCUGGCCAGCGUGACCUCGCCCAGCCUGCUGGUGGAGUGCGGCGGGCAGCGCGUCCAGUCCGGCGUCAUCAAGAACGUCAAGAAGAACCCCAACUUCGACGUCUGCGUGCUCUUCAUGGAAGUGCGUCUGCCCAAGGAGAGCCUCUACAGCCCCCCCAUCAUCCUGAAGAUCAUCGACAACCGCCCCUUCGGCCGGAGACCCGUGGUGGGACAGUGCACCAUCCGCUCCCUCCAGGAAUUCUACUGGGAUCCCUCCCAGCAGGACACGGGGGCGCCCCAGGAGCAGCCAGAUGACGUCAGCCUCACGCCCAGGGACGACGUCCUCAUCGACAUCGAUGACAAAGAGCCCCUGAUCCCCAUCCAGCUUCCCGAGGGUUUGACGAGCUCAGCAAUAAUUAACAUCCCGGAUUCCCGGGCCCUGCCUCAUAGGAUUCCGUGGGAGGAGGAAUUCAUUGACUGGUGGAGCAAAUUUUAUGCUUCCACGGGAGAGAGGGAAAAAUGUGGAUAUUACUUGGAAAAGGGAUUUGACACCUUGAAGGUCUAUGAGACGGAGCUGGAAAACAUUGAGGAAUUUGAGCAUCUCUCCGACUUCUGCCACACCUUCAAACUGUUCCGGGGGAGAUCCCAGGAUUCCAGCGAUGACCCCUCGGUGGUGGGGGAAUUCAAGGGUUCCUUCAGGAUUUACCCUCUUCCCGACGAUCCCCGCGUUCCGAUGCCUCCCCGGCAAUUCCAGCAGCUCCCGGCCAGGGGACUCCAGGAAUGUCUGGUCCGGGUUUACAUCAUCCGCGCCUUCGACCUCCAGCCAAAGGAUUCCAAUGGAAAGUGUGAUCCCUACGUGAAGAUUUCCGUGGGAAAGAAAUCCAUAAAUGACCAGGAAAAUUAUCUUCCCUGCACUCUGGAGCCUGUCUUUGGGAAGAUGUUUGAGCUGAGCUGCACCCUGCCCCUGGAGAAGGACCUCAAGGUCACCCUCUACGACUACGACCUCCUGUCCAAGGACGAGAAGAUCGGCGAGACCGUCAUCGACCUGGAGAAUCGCUUCCUGUCCAAAUAUGGCGCCCGCUGCGGCCUCCCCCAGACCUACUGCGUCUCCGGCCCCAACCAGUGGCGAGAUCAACUCCGCCCUUCCCAGCUGCUCCACCUCUUCUCCCUGCAGCACAACUACAAAGCUCCCACCUACAAAUCCGACCGGAUCAUCUUCCGGGAUCAGGAAUACGUCCUCUCAGAGCUGGAGGAUGGAAAACCCCCGAAUCCCCACCUGGGCCCAGUGGAGGAGCGGCUCGCCCUGGCUGCCCUCCGGAAGCAGGGAUUGGUUCCGGAGCACGUGGAGACGCGGCGCCUUUACAGCCCCCUCCAGCCGGACAUCGAGCAGGGAAAGCUCCAGAUGUGGGUGGAUCUGUUUCCCAAAUCCCUGGGACAUCCUGGCCCCCCUUUCAACGUCACUCCACGCAAAGCCAAGAGGUUCUACCUGCGCUGUAUCGUUUGGAACGCCAAGGAUGUGAUCCUGGACGACCUCAGCAUCACCGGGGAGAAGAUGAGCGACAUCUACGUCAAAGGGUGGCUGGUGGGACACGAGGAGAACAAGCAGAAGACGGAUGUCCACUACAGAUCCAUGGGAGGAGAAGGGAAUUUCAACUGGAGAUUCAUCUUUCCCUUCGAUUAUCUCCCGGCAGAGCAGAUGUGCCAUGUGGCCAAGAAGGAACACUUCUGGAGCUUGGACAAGACGGAAAACAAGAUCCCACCCCAGCUGAUCCUCCAGAUCUGGGACAACGACAAGUUCUCCUUCGAUGACUAUUUGGGAUCCAUCCAGAUGGAUCUCAACAGGAUGCCCAAGCCUGCCAAGACGGCGGAAAAGUGUUCCUUGGAUCUUGUGGAUGAUUCCCUGUCCUCCGGCCGCUCCGUGUCCCUCUUCGAGCAGAAAACCGUCAAGGGCUGGUGGCCCUGCUUGGCCGAGCAGAACCAGCAGAAGAUCCUGGCGGGCAAGCUGGAGAUGACUUUGGAAAUCGUGGCGGAGCAGGAGCACGAGGAGCGUCCAGCCGGGAUGGGACGGGAUGAGCCCAACAUGAACCCCAGACUGGAGGAUCCCAAGCGUCCGGAGACCUCCUUCCUGUGGUUCACGUCCCCGUACAAGACCCUGAAGUUCAUCCUGUGGCGCCGCUACAAGUGGGUGCUGAUCCUGGCCAUCCUCCUCUUCAUCCUGCUGCUUUUCCUGGGAAUCUUCGUCUAUGCCUUCCCGAACUACGCUGCUAUGAAACUGGUGAAACCUUUCAACUGAAGCUGCUCCCGUGCCUGCCUAGGAAUUUUGGGAAGGAAUUUUGGAAGUGGAGAAGGAACAACCUCAUCCAGGCUGCUGCCAGCUGCUGCCAAAGACUUCUCUUCCCUUUGGAAUUCCACCUGGGAAGUGUCACCUAACCAAAACCUCCACCAAAAUAUUCCUGGUUUUCCAGA